AUGUCUUCCUUCCCCCGCCAGCCACCCCAGCGCUGCUUGCUGCAGCAUUCCCCCGUAGUUGCCACAGGUUACGAGGAGAAGGGAACCUAUGAGGAGCUCGGCGGAUAUAAGACUUAUACCACCGGUCCCGACUCCGCAGAGAAGGGAAUUGUGGUCAUCUACGACAUCUUUGGCUAUUUCCCCCAGACCAUUCAGGGUGCCGAUAUCCUUGCCACUUCUGACAAGCAAAAGUACCGCGUCUUUAUCCCAGACUGGUUCAAGGGCACCCCUGCCGAUAUCUCCUGGUAUCCUCCCCAGACUGACGAGCAAAAGGAAAAGCUCGGCGCCUGGUUCGGAAAGAACGGCUUCAACGAGGCCGCCCCCAAGGUCCCUGGCUACGUAGAGGCCUUGAAGCAAAAGUAUCCCAACAUCAAGAGCUGGGGCAUCCUUGGCUUUUGCUGGGGUGGCAAGGUCACCACUCUCGUCACUUCCUCCGGAAGCCAUCCCUUCCAGGCCGCUGCUACAGCCCACCCUGCCUUCCUCGACCCUGCCGAUGCCCCCAAGAUCGACGUGCCCAUCUGCGUGCUCGCUUCCCAGGAUGAGAGUGCCGACGACGUGACCAAGUUCGACGAGGGCCUCAAGGUCGACAAGCAUAUCGAGACUUUUGGUGACCAGAUCCACGGUUGGAUGGCUGCCCGUUCCAACCUCAAGGAUGAGAGGGUUGCCGAGGAAUACAAGAGGGGUUACGAGACCGUGCUCAAGUUUUUGGCAAGCACCUUUGACUAG